AUGGCGUCGCAAGACCGCAACUCGCCCGCUGCUCAAUUGGAUAGAGAAGCGGCCGCCGCGGAAGCACAAGCAGAGAUCCUGGAGGCUGCCGUAGAUCAGCACGGCGGGGAGCAUCACAUCUGUCGGACUGUCGAGGAGGCAUCCGAAGACCGCGCUCAACGUACCUUUGACUACGUGCUUGACCAGGCUCACGUGCGCAUUGGCCCGCGUCAGCAAUCGCAGCGGCUUGACGGCGGAGAGCAUUACGUCUUUCAGAACGUUGAUGAAGCACCUGAAGACCACGCUCCACGCCCUCCUAGCGCUCACAACCAAGGAAUCGCCCAGAACAUUGCUCGUCAGCAAGGAGAUGAAGCUAACGCCCCAGAACUGACCGCCAUGGCAAAAUAUCUGAUUCGACGCGACCUUGUGAGUACCUCACUUACGAAGUUUGACGACUGCCCUGAGAACUACCGGGCGUGGAAAUCUACAUUCAAGGGAAUGACACGGACUCUCGAGGUCACGGCAAGCGAAGAACUUGACCUUCUCGUGAAAUGGCUUGGUACCGAGUCGUCGAGCUACGCAAAGCGGCUGCGUUCCGUGCACGUCGACAGCCCCGAAGCCGGGUUAGAGGUAGUUUGGGAAAGACUUGAGGAAUGCUAUGGUCGUCCGGAAAUUAUAGAAGAGGCCAUCUUCAGGAGAAUCGCAAGUUUCCCCAGACUGUCCGACAAGGACACCGAGAAACUGAGAGAGCUGGGAGACCUGCUUCUUGAAGUUGAGGCUGCAAAAUGUGACCCUCACCUGACUGGGCUUUCCUAUCUGGACACGGCAAGAGGGGUAAACCCCAUUGUAGAAAAACUGCCGCAGCGCUUGCAAGACACGUGGAUAGCGAAAGGCUCGAAGUACAAACAAGAUCAUCGGGUCGCCUUUCCCCCUUUUUCGUUCUUUGCCAGCUUUAUUAGGGACCAAGCGAAAACGAGAAACGAUCCUAGCUUCAAACUCAGCACCGCAAGUGGCACCCCUUCAAGGCUCCCAAGAGCAGACAGAUGGGCAGCGAAUGAUGGCACGAGAAGAACGCCCAUCUCAGUGCAACUGACGGACGUGGAGGCAAGCACCGACCAUCCGCCCUCAAACGCACCAAAGUGGCAAUAUACAACCAAGUAUUGUCCUCUGCACAGGAAGCCUCACCCCCUCCAGAAGUGUCGUGCUUUCAGAGAAAAACCGCUGGAUGAACGAAAAUCUCUGCUGAAAAAUUAUGGGAUAUGCUUCAGGUGCUGCGCUUCAACAGACCACUUUGCAAGAGACUGCAAAACAGUUCUCAAAUGCGACGAUUGUGGUAGCGAGAGGCAUGCCACAGCACUUCAUGCUGGCAAUGUCAACCAUAGGUCUACUGUGGCUCAUCACGACUCUGAAGAUGUAAGUCUAGACCAAGAUUCCGCACUUGAGGUGUCAUCUAAGUGUACAGCGGUCUGCGGUCAAAGCGGCGGUGGCAAAUCCUGCUCUAAGAUCUGCUUGGUGAAAGUUAGUCACCCGACUCAGCCCCACAACACUGAAAAAAUGUAUGCCAUCUUAGACGACCAGAGCAACAGGUCCCUUGCAAGAACAGAGUUCUUCGACAUUUUCGGGCUCAAUGGUGACAGUUCCCCCUACACACUAAGGACAUGUGCUGGGACUACAGAGGCGAUAGGAAGAAGAGCAUCCGGCUUUCUCAUUGAGGACAUUCAUGGCUCCGUGAAGCUACCCUUGCCAACACUCAUCGAGUGCAACGAGAUGCCUAACAACAGGAACGAGAUUCCAACCCCGGAAGUGGCAUCGCAUCACCCUCAUCUCAGAGCUGUAGCUAAAUUCAUUCCUCGUUUGGACCCAGAGGCCAAGAUUCUACUUCUCCUUGGGAGAGACAUCCUCAUAGUACACAAGGUUCGACAACAGCGCACCGGACCGGCUGAUGCUCCAUUUGCUCAGAGACUGGAUCUGGGAUGGGUCAUCGUGGGGAAUGUCUGCAUAAGCCGAAGUCGCACACCGGACUCUGUGAGCAACCUCAAAACAAACGUCCUUGAAAAUGGACGCCCCUCCCUUUUCGAGCCAUGCCAGAAUCAUUUUCUGGUCAAGGAGAAGCUCGCUGACACGCAAGGGUCGACACAAUGCUUCCAACCAGCUCAGAACGCUGCUAGGAAUGACCACUGUGACAAUGGGGUCGCUGAAACGCUGUUCCACACAACGAAGGAUGACAACAGACCUUCCUUUUCCGUCGAGGACAGGAAGUUCUUGAAGCUGAUGGACGAGGAGCUCUCAAGGGACGAAUCCAACAGUUGGGUAGCGCCUCUUCCCUUUCGUUCUCCAAGACCUUGGCUUCCGAAUAACAAGUGCUUGGCUGAGUCACGCCUCACUGCUGUCCAACGGACCUUGAAGAGAAAGCCAGAACUGAGGGAACAGUUCGCGAGCUUCAUGGACAAGAUGUUCAAGAACGGCCACACCGAGGAAGCUCCACCGGUUCGAGAAGGAGAAGAAUGUUCGUACCUCCCCAUCUUUGGUGUUUGCCAUCCACGAAAGCCCGGGGAAACGCGAGUCGUGUUCGACUCCACUGCAUAG